AUGAUUUUGGUCAAAUUUGUGUGCGCGAUCAUAACCAGAUCGCUAUUCAUUCUGGUCUCUCUCAUCGGGGUCUGGAGAGUGACAACAGUGAAAAAUGACAUAUACUGGUUACUGACCUUCCUUCAUCUGCCUCUGGUCGUGGAGAUGAUCAUCACUUUAAAGCGAAGGAAGGGGAAAGGCUACAAAUGGAAAUUGGACUCACUGGAGAAUGUCAAGAGCAUUGUUGCGCCCCUGACUGGCACCAUGGAUAAUAAAACACCCAAGCAUCUGGAACACUCUCUCACCUCUGUUUGUCUGAAUGACUGGAUCCUUGGUCUUCACCAGGUUCUACUCAUCCUUCUCAUCUUUGGAAAGUGGCUCCUCCCACUAGGGGAAGGAGUAACUUGUGAUGAGCUGUCUCAGCUUCUGCUCAUCUUUAUUGGCACAGGAGCAGAUAUUUUGGAAUUCACCAGUGAAACUGUUUCUGAUGUGAAGGACAGCAGCCCUCAGCUGGUGUAUAUAAUCCUGGCAGUGUGGAUGUGGAGUGUGUUGCAGUUUCCUUUACACCUGGCAGGUUAG